AUGCAGGCAAAUAAAAAUGGUUCAUACAUGUGCGCACAUACUGAUAACGACAAUGACCAUUGGUGGAUGGUAAACUUGGAGCACAUUUACACGGUGUCAAAAGUUGUCAUCUUGAAUAGGGGUAUUUGUAAAACUUGCUGGUUACGUUUAAGAAAUGUCACCAUCACUGUCGGAGAAACAGAAAGUAAGAUGGAACUGUGUGCAACAUAUGAAGGUGCCGGAGUCGAUGGAGAACUUAUGAGCAUCUUGUGUGAAGCACCAUUGCUAGGACAAUUUGUACGGAUUAGUAAGCCAGGUCCUGAAUAUUUGCAACUCUGUGAAGUUGGGGUUUAUUGCUAAAGCACUGACACUGCCCAGCCUUGUAUUGUAAUUUAUUACAUGAUUAUUUUCAGUGAAUUAUUGAAAUUUAAAAAAGAAAAUACAUAAUUAUUAUAUAAAAUCCGUCCAAUAGCAAAAAUUACCACCAACGUUAUGGAACGUCAAACAAGAUUUUGACGAUUUAUUGUCAGUUUUCAGUAGGCAGUCGUUACUUGUAAUUCCCCAAUGCUAA